AUGACUCAACUCAAUCAACCCUCGAAGGAGCCUGCUAAAGCGCGCGUGGAAGAACUCGGAGAAAUCUCGCGUCCAACAGUCCAAUCCAUGUCUCUGCCGCGCCCACCCCCGAAUCCAGUGUCAGACCUCAUGGAUCUUGUCAUCAAUCGAGAGUCGCGCUACACAACGCACUCACUCAUCACAUCUUACCUCGGUAUUGAUGAUAUACGCAAUGUUCAGUUAGCCUGCAGAAAGACGUCGGAUCUGUACGCGGACUUGAAGAAGACCCAGUGGAACAUCAACACAUGCCUGCAGCCAUUCUUCAAAAACAUUCAAAAGUUCCGCUGUGUGCAGGCCCAGACCGAGACUUUGAUUGGAAGCAAGUUCGCCGGGAACUUCUUCCGUCGUCUGCAGGUCAAGAACGAACUUGAGCUCUUUACGCAAGCUGGGGAGAAGGCAGAUGCUCUCAUUAGCUAUCUCGAAAAGAACGGGUAUGUUCGAGACAAAGACUUCUCUCAUGACCGCGUUACGUUUGGUGCUUCAAGGUCUUCUCUCUUCACGAAGACGUCGCCCAAUGACCGUAGCCAAGUUUUCAUCACUCUUCGGCACUGUGUUCAUUCACCCAUCGAUGUGUUCCUCAAAUGCUGUAUAACCUCUUCUCGAGCAUGCUUCAUUUCUUGGAAUAAGGCCUAUUACCUGUUUCCCACCACGAGCAUCCGCAAGCGAACGUCGUACCUAAUGAUACCAAUGUCACAAGCAGAAUCUUCACCCGCGAUCGCCGCGAUAAAGCGCGACUUCGAAGAAGGAUUUAUCGUCAAGACUGGGGAGUGGGUGGUCAACCCCUAUGGAGAGGCGUCGGAGUCACACCCGGAGUUCGCUUCCGCCCGGACCGCUGGCGACAAUCUCUCAUGGGUAAUCAAGCUUGAUACCACCGAAAUCACCCCUGCUACAGCCCCGGACUCGCUACUUGACGAUGCGCAAUUCUCCAUGGGUGCAACCUGCAUUUCGAGCAUAGUGUCCUACCUUCAGUUCAGAUAUGAUGUACUCGCAUCUUGCGCCCUACAACAUACAUACAUCUGUCAUUCGCGAACCCACUUUGUACCAGGCGGCGGUCACAGGCAAGACGAUUACAGGGAUCAGAUGCAGUACCUCGAAAAGCUACUGAACGAUCAGACAUCCAUGCAACUCACCAUGCUUAACCGAGACGACCGGCCCCCUCAAUAUGUCAGAAUCACUAGUACGAGAGGAAGCGACCACACGGCUAAGGGUCACUUCACGGUGCCUCCGAACUGGAAUUACUUCGACGCAGAGAUUCAGGCUGAGCUUCGGAAAAUAACUAAGCAGUUGCUCGCUACCGACGCAUCUUGCCUACCGAAAUAG